AUGGCGCAGCAUCCGACGUACACGAUGGCUGGUUUAUUAGCAAGUGGUGGUGUGAUUGGCUAUCUCAAGACUAAGAGCGUUCCUUCCUUAUUGGCAGGUAUAACUCUUGGUGCAGGAUUUGGUGUAGCAGGUUAUUUGCUACAGAAGGGUGAGAUGACGAACGGUCAUGGUGUCGCACUACUCAUGUCUUCGAUUACAAUGGGUGCAAUGGGCGUGCGUGCUAUGCGGACGAAAAAGCCGCUGCCAGUGACAAUUGCGUCACUUGGAGCAGUAUCAUCUGCCUAUCAUAUGCAUGGAUUCACUGAGUGGACUGGGCAAGAGUAA